AUAUCAGGGAGCCGUUUAAGUGGGAGAACCAAACUUUCUCAUCAACAGUUGUGAUGACUGCCAAAGCUGCGAGCAAGGUUGUUAAGCAGUUAGCUGGGAGUGGGACAGGGCAGAGCUUAAUGGAUAGAGUCACGCAAGCAAAGUAUAGUCUGGCAGGUUCUGGUCUUGGGAAAGUCGUAGCAAAAGCAACCACAGAGGAAAUUGGUGCUCCGAAGAAAAAGCACCUAGAUUAUCUAGUAAACUGCAGCAAUGAACCUAAUGUCUCUAUCCCACUACUUGCUGGGCUUCUUGUGGAAAGGACACAAGAAAAGUCAUGGGUGAUUGUUUUUAAAGCUCUUAUAACUACUCACAAUCUUAUGAAUUUCGGGAAUGAGAAAUUUUCUCAUUAUCUUGCUUCCAAUAACUGUCCAAUUGACCUUCCACAUUUUAAUGAUAAAACAAGCUCUCAGUGUAUGCAUUUUUAGUAAUGAUGGCAAACUUUUUAGCUUAUGAAAUGUCCAUAUUCAUUCGCAAGUAUUCAAAAUACUUAAGUGAAAAAGUUGCUUCUUAUAGAGCUAUGGCUUUCGACUUCUGCAAAGUGAAGCGAGGGCGUGAUGACGGUGUUUUACGAACAAUGCCAGUUGAUAAGUUAUUGAAAGCUCUUCCUGUGAUGCAAUCUCAAAUAUUAACUCUAUUAGAAUUUGAUGCUCUGGAAAAAGAUUUGAACAAUGCAAUUAUUAAUGCUGCUUUCCUAUUGUUGUAUAAAGAUCUGAUUCGUUUAUUCGCUUCAUAUAAUGAGGGUAUGAUUAAUUUGAUAGAAAAAUACUUUACUUUGAAACGAAGACAAUGUCGUCUUGGCUUGGACCUAUAUCAUGCUUUUCCAGGUUUAUUAUCGAAGCUUACUGAAUUCCUUACACUUGCUGAGAGUUUAGGAAUUGGCGAUAAGGAUAGUCUAGGUCUACAACCGGUCCCAGAGAAAGUUAUUCAAGCCAUGGAGCAACACUUACAAAUUUUGGAAAGUAAAAAAGGAUCAGAUGACGAAGAUGAAGAAACUCAUACUUCAACCAAACCAAAUGUACCAAAGAAGCCAACACUCCCUGUACCUAUUCCAAGUCAAACCGUAAUCUCCACUGAAGCUAACAAAGUUUCUAGCCAUAAUCCACCUAACCGAAACAGAGAUUACAAUGACGAUGUUGAAUCAAUAAACAAAACACAUGAUUCUAAUAUUCUGGAUCAAUCUGAACAAUUGAAUGAUGAUACAACUGAACCGACUGUGGCAUCAUAUCCAACUGUUGUCUUAAAUGAUGAAGAUGGAUUACCUUCUGCUUUACAAGAGGAGAUAAUUGCAACUGCUAAAGGUCACUUAAAUGAAACACUUGUCAAGAGUUCCGAAGCUGUGAAACGUUCAACUCAACAAGGUGCAGUUAAAGUUCCAGUACAUACACAAUUGGGCAGAUCGGAACAUCGAACUGUAUCAGUACCACCAACACGUUCACGAUCACCAUCACCAGCUCGUCCACCCCCUUCACCUAGUCGUCAAUAUGAGAAAACUACACUGAAACAACCAUCAAUCAGUGCAAGCGAUAGUGAAGCAAUUGAUGAUGACAAUACUGAUGGUGGUAUCAGUAAGACAAAACAUAACUCAUCGUCAUUAGGUCUUAAUCUAGAAGUGAAUGCACAGACUGAUGCUUCAUCUAUAUGUGCUAGUCCUUUUGCCGGUGAUGAAGAACCAGUUGAACCGGUAACUGAUACUGAUACUAAUGUAUGGUCAAAUAAGUCAUCAGAAGUUCAUGUUGAACCAAUGCAUGGUAGCAAUCAACAUUCAGCAAUUGAUGAUUUACUUGGUCUUGACCUAUUGUCUACUGAUGAUUCUAUUCCACAAACCAAUAUUGAACCUAUUCCAUUCACAGCUCAAACUGAAUCUGUUGGAAGGGAGGGUGAAUCAAAGCCUUCAGGUAUCAAUACUACUACUACUAAUACAACAGGUCCUGCUUCAGUUUUUGACGACUUAUUGUCAUUAGAUCCUCUUCUGGAGAAAGAUUCCGUCAGUGGUGGUACUACUACUACUGCUACAAAGAUACCAGUGAAUAAUCCCCCUACAUCGUUUAAUAAUUCACUGCCUCCAGGUUUAAAACCUGUUCCUUCAACUGUUCCAAUACGUCCUGCUGUUGUUAUAUCCGCAUCACAAAACAAGAAUCCACUUGAUGCAUUAGACAGCACUUUGUCGAAUUUGGCUUCAAGUUUAGGGGGUCAGCAAACCUGGGGCUCUACAAAUUUGAAGAAGAAAUCAUUGGCUGAAAGUGAGAAACCAACGUGAAUUUCUAUGGAUUAUAUGACGUGAAGAAUUCUCAGAAUACUAUUAUCUCAUAUACAUAUACUUAUAUCUCUUACAUAACCUUUUUCUUCAUUAUAUAUUUAACAGAAUCUCCUUUUUGUUCCUUACAUUUUUUGUUGUUGUUGUGAUAAUUUGUGCAUUUAUGGCUUACGGAUAUUCUUCUUAUUAUUACAUCUAUGUCCUCUUCCUCGUUAGUUUUCAUGAUUUUCAUAAAAGCUUUACUACUACAACUAUGUAGUUCUAGCAUUUGAAGAAAAAACAAAUAUUCAUAUUUCUUUUAACAAUUUUAGUUCAUCAAUUAAUGCAUAAAAUAUCUUCAUUAUUAAUUCUUCAAUUCCACCAACAGUGUUCUCUGAAAUGAUCACUUUUAUUUGCUUAUGAUUAUUUAAAAAAGAAGAAAAGAUUUACUUC